AUGGCCCGACUAAUAAAUUCCUGGAGUGCACUGUACAAUGAAGAUACCGAGCAGUGGUGCGACUUUCAUCCCGAGACGGGUUUGGUCAAAACCUGGGUGAACUUGAAAGGUCCACGCCCAGUCGACAGCAUUCUCAGCGCAUCAGAAGUCUCAGAAUCCGUCCGGGCCCAUGGGCCAGCAUUCCAUCGCCUAGGCUUAAAGCUGGUAAGGUUCGUCGCCGUUGAUUACGAAGGAUCUACCAUGAAUAUGUAUUUCACCGCGCCUGGGCCGGUUUCUGAGACCCAGGCUGCACAGUACACUGGAAUGGCUCAAUGCACACCUCCCACCUCGCAAGAGUUUCGGGAUAUGCAAUCAUUCUUGAAUCCUCAAGGCUUUUCCUUUGCUGUCACAAUGGACUACAAGACAGGAGCUAUCAAACGGGUGGCUUUCUAUGCCUUGAGCCUCCCACAAAAUGAGUUACCUGCUGUGAAUGACCGGGUGCGAACCUUCUUUACGGAGGCACCGUCAUACGACAAACACCCAACAAGAAUUAUUGCUUGGUCCUUUGGAUUGGGAGAUAACAAGUACACGAAAGCCGAGUCAAGUUAUGUGGGGGACCUUGCCACCGUGUUGAAAGAUGUCGACUCUCCCCUAAUUUCGAGAAAUUAA